ACGCCCUCAGAUGCCGGCUUUAAGGAGGCGGGACUUCCUGCCAAGGCAACGGGCUGUUCCGGAAGAGCUGAGCUGGAGGACGCCGGCUGGUGACGCUCCUGCCCAAGUAUUGCCUGAAGAUGACUGACCUUUGGCAGGAGUGCAUGGAUUAUGCAGUGACCCUGGCAAGACAAGCAGGAGAGGUGAUUCGUGAAGCUCUAAAGAAAGAAAUGAAUGUGAUGAUUAAAAGUUCUCCAGCUGACUUGGUCACAGCUACUGACCAAAAAGUUGAAAAAAUGCUUCUGUCUUCCAUAAAGGAAAAGUAUCCAUCUCAUAGUUUCAUUGGUGAAGAAUCUGUGGCAGCUGGGGAAAAAACUGUCUUCACUGACAACCCCACGUGGAUUAUUGACCCUAUUGAUGGAACAACAAACUUUGUACAUAGAUUUCCUUUUGUAGCUGUUUCAAUCGGCUUUGUUGUGAACAAAAAGAUGGAGUUUGGAGUUGUGUACAGUUGUGUGGAAGAUAAGAUGUAUACAGGCAGGAAAGGAAAAGGUGCCUUCUGCAAUGGCCAAAAGCUGCAGGUUUCACGACAAGAAGAUAUUACCAAAUCACUACUAGUGACUGAGUUAGGCUCUUCCAGGACACCAGAGACUGUACGGAUUAUUCUUUCCAAUAUGGAAAAGUUAUUUUCCAUUCCCAUUCAUGGAAUCCGGAGUGUUGGAACAGCUGCUGUUAAUAUGUGCCUCGUGGCAACUGGAGGAGCAGAUGCGUACUAUGAAAUGGGGAUCCACUGCUGGGACAUGGCAGGCGCCGGCAUCAUUGUUACCGAAGCUGGGGGAGUGCUAAUGGAUGUCACAGGUGGACCAUUUGAUUUGAUGUCCCGGAGAAUAAUUGCUGCAAACAGUAAAGCACUGGCUGAAAGGAUAGCCAAAGAAAUUCAGAUAAUACCACUUCAGAGAGAUGAUGAGAAUUAAGUGCACAAUAAGGCAUCGUGCUCAGACACUGUUGCCCUUCCCCAUGCUUGCUAACACAUCUGUGGAUAUCUGUUUCACAUGUGUGAUGUGACUGAUGUAAAUUAUCUUUGAGGUCCUGGUUUUAAAAUGGGAACUUUUACCGACUUUUUACAGACUAAGUGUACAAAGACGAGGUGGAAUGUGUGUUGAAAAAAAUUGUGGGGAAAAUGUAUGGAAGUAUAGCUCAGGAAUUAUACAUUGAAAUAGUCAAUUAGUAACUUUAUGUUUUUAAGAAUACAUGAUGAUCCUCUUAAUUUUUAAGAUAAUAAUAUAUAUAUAUAUAUUUAGAAUUUAGAAAGUUACGUCAUGGAAAAGUUUUUUUCUUUGUUCCAAAGCCAUAUUUACUUAAGUUUGUAAAGAUAGGAUACAUUGGUUCUCCCUUAGCAGAAUACCUUGUUUUAUUCACCAUUGUCCAUAUAGCACCUGGCACAGUCUUGUAAAUAGAAGGUUACCCAAAACAACAUCUGGGGCCAAAGAUCUAAGCAGCAAUUCCCAGUUAGAAUGAACACAUAGUGAGCUAUCUAACAUUUUGGCUUCCAGCUUUGAAGUUACCGCACUGUCCUUUUUAUAUUUCAUUUUACCAGACAUUUCACAUGACUGUACUGUUGCCAGAGUGCUCUUACCGUGGGCAUUCCUGCAGUGACUAUACUUUCCUUAGCACUGGGGAGAGAGUAUGUAUAGAUUUUGUCCCUGCACUGCAGAGCAAGAGUUUGCACAAGGUGCUGUCAUUAGACAUGUGUAUAGUUAUAGUGUAACAUUACUAAGUUUCAUACUUACGUGAAGAUAACUUAUACUGAUCUGGUUGUGCUAACAAAUAUAUUAUGUUGUUAAUAUGGAAAUAUUUGAAUUUUUCCCACUAUUUAAAAGUUCACUGCUGUUCCUUUUAUAUAUUUCUUAAUAGUCUUAGACUAUCUAAUUCAAGAAGAAAAUUGUAAGUUUGUAUGUAUUUUUAAAGGAUUCACUUAGUAGACUGGAUUGCUCAGUGGUUAAAGGCACUUGCGUGCAAAGCCAGACAGCUCAAGUCUAAUUCCUCAGUAUCCAUGUAAAUCCAGAUGCACAAAAUGGUCCAUGCAUCUUGAAUUUAUUUGCAGUGGCAAGAGGCCCUGGUACGCUCAUGCUCACUCACUCACUCUCUCUGUGCUUUUAAUUUUUUUUAAAGGAUUAACUUACUUGUUUAGCCUUAUCCCUUGGCAUGUGAACAAAUUUAAGUUUUGUUUCAAGCAUGUAUGAACCUUGUAUUUGAUAAUGAAGUGCUGGGGCUGGAGAGAUGCCUUAGAGGCUAGGGUGUUUGCCUGUGAAGCCAAAAGACCCAAGUUCAAUUCCCCAGAACCCAUGUAAGCCAGAUGCACAAGGGUCACAUGCAUCUGGAGUUCAUUUACAGUGGCUAGAGGCCCUGGUGGCCCAUUCUCUCUCUGUCUCUCUUCUGUCUCUCUCUCUCUUUGCAAAUAAACAAAUAAAACUUAAAAGAUAAUGAAGUGUUGGUGCAAGUUUCAAGGUAAAGGUUCUUUUUAUGUUGGGUACAUUUGAUAUAUAAACUUAAUGUAUUUUCUAUAUUUGUAUUGCUGUUUGUCACAUGCUCCUAAAACAUCUCAUACUGUACAAUUCUAAGAUAAGUUGUUUUGAAAUUUUAUUUUAAUUAAGAUUAUCACGAAUAAAAUUUUAUUUAAUUUA